GGGCCGACUCGCCUGAGUACGUUCACGAUUAUGGUGCUGUGAGAUGUUAACGGGGGAAGGAGGGUCAUUUAACUUCCCUGAACCUCAGUUUCCUCAUCUGUGAAAUGGGGACAGCCAUUCCCGCUCUGCUGAGGGUCCUCAGGCCUCGCAGUGCUGGGGAGGGGCGGGGGCGGCCAGUGGCGGGCGGUUCCCCAGCGGCCACUGAUGCCUGUCUCUCUGUCGUGUGUGUACGUGUGUGUGUCCCUCGGCCUGCCUUCUCAGGCUUUAAAAUGUGUGUCAGCAGCAGCAGCGGCAGCCACGACGAGGCCCCCGUCCUGAGCGACAAGCACCUGGAUGUGCCCGACAUCAUCAUCACCCCCCCGACCCCCACAGGCAUGAUGCUGCCGAGAGACUCGAGGCAGACAGUCUGGCUGGACGAGACGGGGUCAUGCCCGGAUGAUGGAGAAAUCGACCCCGAAGCCUGAGUCCCAGGACGGGGGUUUGCACGCCGCUCCAGCGCCCCUUGCCCAGGUGUCCCGGGGACGUGGCUGCCUGGGCCGGUGUGGACAGGACACUGUGACACUGAGUGAAUCCGGCCCCUGCCAGGAGAGGUGCGGCAGGACCAGCUGGGAACCCGGCCUGCCCGCUUCCAGAACAGUCUCCCCCAGGCCCCGCUGAGCGGACCAGGCCUCCGACCCCUCCAUGCUCUUGCUGACCCCGACAAGGCGAAAGGUGAUGCCGUGGUGAUGGCUGUCGGGGUCCCAGGGAGGGGCUCCCUUCUGGACAGGUGCCCUCCCAGCACCCUGGGCCGUGUGGACACGUGGCCCGAAGCUCAACACAGACAAGAACUUCUUGCGAGAGAAGUGGCCCCGUUUUUUACAAGUUGUUGUACAGAGACUGAAACAGUCCAAAAAGCGAUUUAUAAUUUCCGUUUUGCAUUAUAAAUAAAGAUCCUCCGUAAUGAA